AUGGAUGUCGCCGUGUCCCCUGUCGCCUCUUCUUCUUCCGCUUCUCCUAGACUGUACGGAUCUCCCAGUGUGGUGGCGAGGCCGGGUGUCCUAGCCUCUGGACGGCCGGAGCUCGUCUGCUUCGAUUCCAGACUCCGAUUUUCCGGGAGGUUGCUCAAGGUAUUUGGCCCGAUUCCUCUCCGUAGCUUUCUCUUCCCGUUAUAGUGUCUGCGUGGAAGAUUUUCUCCGAUUCUUGGUCAGCCAUGUCCAAACCUUGUUUCUUGACACAUCCGAUCUUCGUUUUUUCUUAUUUUUCAUGUGUUAAGCAUUUUAUUUAGGUUUAAUAAUUACUGUUGUUUUCCCGUCGCAGCGCUUCAAAUCCAUCUCGAUUACCAGAGAAGGGCAGAGGCACGUCCGGAGGAGCACUAACGUCAGGGCGUCUUCUUCUUCUUCUGGAUCAACGGCAGAUCCGUCUCCUGCUCAAAUGGCUCCUCUCCAGUUGGAGUCGCCGACGGGACAGUUUCUUUCACAAAUACUGAUCAGCCAUCCACAUCUCCUCUCCGCUGCUGUUGAUCAGCAGCUUGAGCAGCUACAGACCGACCGCGAUGCUGAGAAGGAGAAGGAGCCAUCCGAUUCCGGGACCGACAUUGUUUUGUACAAGUAAUCUUUCUAUCUUUAUCCCUUAACAUUCCAACGGGUUUCUCUUCCGGUAAGAUCUGACAUCUUUAUUUCACAGGAGAAUUUCCGAGGUGAAAGCUAACGAGAGGAAGAGGGCUCUGCAAGAGAUUCUAUACACGCUUGUCGUCCAGAAGUUUAUGGAUGCCGAUGUCUCCUUGAUACCUGGUUUGUCGCAGUCCUCUGACCCUUCCGGGAGGGUGGAUCAGUGGCCGCCUCAGGAGGAUGAGCUCCGGAAGCUCCAUUCACCUGAAGCCUACGAGAUGAUUCAGAACCAUCUGGCCCUUAUUCUGGGCAACCGGUUGGGAGAUGCCAGCGCCGUGGCUCCCAUAAGCAAGUUCCGGGUUGGGCAGGUUUAUGCGGCGUCCGUCAUGUAUGGCUACUUCCUCAAGAGAGUGGACCAGCGGUUUCGGCUAGAGAAGACCAUGCAAACCCUUCCCUGGGGAUCAGAAGAAGAGGAGAGUACUCUGCAGCAGGAGGGACCAUAUGAGGUCAGACCCUCAGGUGAAGAAGAUGAGAGCUCACACCCAGAGGUUACUUCCUGGUCGCCUCCUGAAGUCAGCCCUGGUGGGUUCGGCUACGGCAUCAAGCCCACCAGGCUGCGGUCCUAUGUCAUGGGAUUUGACCCCGAGACGCUUCAGCAAUGUGCCACGAUCAGGUCCAAGGAGGCGCUAGGGCUCAUUGAGAGGCACACCGAAGCUCUGUUCGGGAGGCCGGCGUCGGUGAUCAUGCCCCAGGGAGUGCUAGACGGAUCGAAGGACGAGCUCUUCGAGAUCACCUUUGCUGGCCUGAAGAGAUUAAUUCUGGAGGCCGUAACGUUCGGCUCUUUCCUGUGGGACGUGGAGAGCUACGUGGACUCCAGGCAUCAUAUCGUGGCCAACUGA